AUGCAUCCUAACUUGGUGAGCUGGCUGGGGACACUGGGGUUCCUGCUGUGGGCGCUGCUUUGCCUGGGCACCCUGUCGGAGGGAUACCCGGUGAAACCGGAGAACCCAGGGGAGGACGCCCCAGCAGAGGAUCUGGCCAAGUACUACUCAGCCCUGAGACACUACAUCAACCUCAUCACAAGACAGAGGUAUGGGAAGAGGUCCAGUCCUGAGAUCCUGGACACACUGGUCUCAGAACUGCUGCUAAAGGAAAGCACAGACACUCUUCCACAGUCAAGAUAUGACCCAUCAUUGUGGUGA